AUGAAUAAGGAUGGGUUUAGCAGUAGAAACAAAAUUCAUACUGCCAAUCUUGUUCGUAUUGGGGCUGUGGCUUCCCAUGCCGCGUCUCGCGAGCUACGUGAAGCAUUCAUUGCUGAGAAGCACGAGCAAUGGAUGGCCAAACAUGGCCGUGUCUACAAGGACGCUGCAGAGAAAGAAAGUCGCUUCAAGAUAUUCAUGGACAAUGCAGAGUUCAUGGAGACCUUUAACAAAGCCGGUAAUCGAUCUUACAAUCUCGGCCUCAACAAGUUUGCAGACUUAACCAACGAAGAGUUUCGGGAGUCUCUAUGUCUCCGCCACUCGAAGCCAACACCAUUUAGAUACAAAAACGUGACUUCAGUGCCAUUUACCAUGGAUUGGAGGAAGAAGGGGGCUGUCACCGCAGUUAAGGGCCAAGGUGAAUGUGCUAAGCUCAAGGGCUAUGAGAUGGUGCCCAAGAACAAUGAGAAAGCAUUGUUAAAGGCCGUGGCUAACCAACCAGUUUCUGUUUGCAUUGAUUCAAGUGGGCGUCACUUCCAACACUACUCGAGUGGAGUUCUAACAGGAGAUUGCGGAACAAAUCUAGACCAUGGAGUGACUGCAAUCGGGUAUGGGACGAGCAGUGAUGGCAUCAAAUACUGGCUUAUCAAGAAUUCGUGGGGGACUGGCUGGGGUGAGAACGGUUACCUUCGGAUGCAGAGGGAUAUUGGUGCCGAGAAAGGUCUUGUGGAAUAG